GUAAAGAAGUAAACAUGAGUGAUGGCGAAAAAAAAGAAACAGAUGACAACUACUACUAGUAGUUUUAGACAUGGCCAGUUUGUAUGAUCCGAGCAUUCUGCUUUUAAACAUGGAAGAAGACACAUUUUCGCAAUCUAUGAAUGCCGAUCUGACAUAUACCGCUGUGGUGACUGUGUUGGCCUGCACUGCUGUCAUAGUCGUUUUGUUGUUUCGUCACCAGUUCCCAGACAUUUUGGAAGCAGGAUCAUCUAGCAUAUCAGACAUAUUUGUUGCUCCUGAACAGUCAAUGAUUGGGAACCAUAAUCCAUUUGUUGUAGAACUAGAACAUGCAGGCCAGCAAAAUCAUGACUAUUUUGUGGAGUUGAAGUUUAACUGCACUCUGAAUUGUUCAGUAAAGGGUUAUUGGGGAAUGAAUAUCAAACAAUUAUUUGAUUUGCUGUACAAAAUGGAUGGGAGACAGUUUAUUCAGAAGAUGCAUUCUCAGGAUGCAGCUUUCACAAGCAGCUGUAUAGAAUCUUGUCAUGUAAAGCAUAUCUCUCAAGAUGAAAGGGGCAACAGGGACGAGACAAUAACUUUUACAUCUACAUCAAGUGUGUUGGAAGAGAAGCUUGGAGAAUCUCCAAGGUCACUUUAUCCACUGGUCAUCAUCACUGUCAUAGACCCAGACAACUUGCACAUAUUAGACAGUGAGGACCAGAAUCAGAUUAUUGGAUUGGUGACCAUUGUUCACAUCCAGGAUAAAUUUUGUGAAAAUCCUUCACAUAUCAUGGCACAGUACAUCAAAGCUGCCUCUGGACAUAUUUUUCCCUUAAAGUCUCUCUUCAUGGCAAAACAGAGUGAAAGGCAACAUUCUCAAUCAAACACAACAGAUGCUCCACUCAGUGAGACUACAUCUACUUCAGUGGAGGGUAGGGACUCAAAUUAUGACGAUGAGGAUGUGGAUUCAAAAAAUGACUGCACCGUGUGUCAGAAUGCACCAAUCAGUAGAGUUCUUUUGCCUUGUCGCCAUGCUUGUUUGUGUGGCGAGUGCCUCAGACUAAUAAGGAGAUGUCCAAUGUGUAGAGGCUACAUAGACCGUUAUUUUAUAAUUGACAGUGAUGGUAUUGGAAAUGAACAAGAUUUUCAUGAUGAUUUCGAGGAGAACGGCACGUGGUGGGAAAGAAUGAACAACAAAUUGAACAGAUGGCUAGGCUUUUCAUAAACUGAUUAAGGGACAUUGAUGCACAGUAGUUGUAAAGCUUUUUUAUCCUGGCUUAUAUGUGAAUUUUUACUGUUGGAGAUAUUGUUUCAUGAGGAAAGUUGUGGGAGUUGUUAUAUAGUCAUUUACACAAGAGCUUCCUUGGGGUCAAAAAGCAAAAUUGCCUGACAUCUUUUGUCUUCACAGUUACUGAGUAUUUUUAUGUUAAAAUAAAAUCAAAACAAAAACAAAUCAGUUGUUGUAUAUAAUAGCAUUUUAAUGAACCUUUGUGAAUAAAAUUCAUACAAUACACACCAUGAAAUACAACUACUAAGAGGAGCAUCAACAUAUCCUACAUUACAAAGCUUCUCCAGGGGUAAAUUUCUAAUGAAAACAUUAUACCUGGCAUUGUUUUUCUUUGCACUAAUUUUAAUAUAGGAUUGGAUAUAUAAACUCCAAAUGCAAAUGAAGUUAAUGGCAUAUGUAUAAUGGCUAGUGACUGUUGACUAUAGGUCAAAUGUUGGGAACUAGGCAAUUUGCUUUUGGCAUUAAACUAUAACACAAGGAAUUGGGCAUCAUAACCUAAGUGUUAUAACUUAAAGGUUUCCUGGUUCAAAGAACUCGAUUGAAACAAUAAAACAUAAUUAUUAAUGAACACUCCAUUCCAUUGUUCUUUAAAAUAAAAAAGGCUUAGAAUAUUU